AUGGGGCGAUACAAUCUCUCCCCAACUCGUGUUCAUCAUGCGGCCUCGAGGCUUAUAGAGCUCCGGAAAGUCGAAGCCGAUGCUGGCAUACUCCAAACCAUACCGCCAUGGUUUAAAACAGUCUCAGCGGUGCCUCCAGGAGAGAUCCUUACAAGGUUACAGCCCAUACAACACUCAGAGGUUUCGCGGAAGAUUCGAACGAAGAAGCCAAGCAAAAUGUACAAGCCGACGAACAUCAGCUACGAGGAAGACGGUCUCAGGGAAAACUUUUAUAGCGACCAUCCUUGGGAACUUGCUCGGCCGAGAGUUAUUCUUGAACAGGACGGAAAGGAUGGGCAAAAGUGCGAUUGGAGCAAAAUACAACAGCCGGCUAGAGAGUUGAAUGGUGAAAGUGUCAUUCAACGGCAAUUGUGGCUACUCAAGAAUAAACCGGACAUGACGUCCGCGAAAGCCUACGACCAGGCACGGAAAGAAUUCUACGCCAUCCGCCACCAGGAGGAUGUUGAGAGGAGAGUCGCCAAAGAGGAAGCUCUUGCAACUGGCGCAUAUUUCGGAAAAUCGAUGCUGGAGAUUGGUAUGGAGUUGGAGGAUAAGACAUACGAGUCGUGGAAGCAGUGGGCACAGAAUGAAGUUGAGAUUAUUGAGCAACAACGAAGUGCUCAAUACACGGGCGCUGAAUUAGCUCCAGCGGAGGAAGCCAUCCUGGAGGAGGCGAUCGAGGAGGAUGUUGAGGCACCAGCGCCGUCAUAA